UAUAUAGUAGUGUCUAACGCGAGUUGUAAAGUUGUAUCCGUCUUACACGAUCUCAUAACGCAAUAUCAUAGAAUCAAUCGAACAACCGUUUUAACACAACGGUUCCUCAAUUUAAUCCACUCUAACUGAUUCCACGCAAAAUUCGAUGAUCUAUCGUUUUCUGAGCAACGCUCGUACGCGUUGAAGUGAAGGAAAGAAAGAUCGGCGAGCGCCACUCAUUCGAGAGAGAGAGAGCUCGAAUCAGCUUAAUCAGCCGCUCGAUCUUCUUUCGUUUUCGCGCUCAGAAGCGGCUGAUCCACGGAUCGAGCGCGACCGCAGCUUCUCGGGAAGAUUUUUGCUCGCGAAAGCCAAAGGAACGGGUUUCGAUGGGAAGAAAUUGCUCGAUCGAUAAUUGCUCGUUGGGCGUGUUAAUCGCGCUGGCUACGGUGCUCGCGACCGGUUUUAACUGGGAUGCGAGGGUGACGACCAAGUUUGGCGACAUUAAAGGACUUUGGAGCAGAAGCUCGAGGGGGAGGCUCGUGGCGCAUUAUCUGGGUAUCCCUUACGCCCUGCCGCCCCUGGGCGACUUGAGAUUCAGGAGCCCCCAGCCGUGGGAUCGAAGGUGGAACGGGACGUUGGAAGCCACGAGGAACAGCCCAUCGUGCUAUCAGAUGUCAAAGGAUGGGAGCAUGGUUGGAGAGGAGGAUUGCCUCUAUCUCAAUGUUUACGUGCCCAGAGAAAUUUCAGAAAAUGUGAAGAAAAGUGGGCUUCCGGUAAUGGUAUACGUGUACGGUGGAAAAUUCUCCACUGGUAAUGCUAGCAGCCACAAAUUUCCACCAGAUUAUAUAAUGGAUCAGGACGUAAUCUUGGUUCUGAUGAAUUAUCGUACAAAUCUUUUAGGAUUCUUCAGCACUGGCACCAGAGCCUGUCCGGGUAACUACGGUCUGAAAGACAUCGUGCAGGCGCUACGUUGGGUCCAGGAAAACAUUCGCUCGUUCAAUGGGAAUCCGAAGAAAGUGACGCUGUGGGGUCACAGCGCUGGCGCCGCAGCCGUUCACAUGUUGGCCCUUAACGAGAAAACGGAGGGGUUGUUCAACAGGUACAUCCUGCAAAGCGGGUACGCCGUCAGCCCUUGGGCCACGAGCCCCACAAGCUUGAUAAGAAGGAUAGCGCUCGAGACAGCCGACCAUCUUCAUUGUCUUCCUUCGAGAAGGAAAGAGGAGGGGGAUAAGGGGGGCGGGGAAACGGGGAACGAGGCGAGGAGGGGGGAGGAAGGAGGAAGGACAACGUACACACCGGAUGUGGCGAUCAGUGGAAGCGGGAUGGAAGACGGGACGGAAGAGUACAGCGAGGAGGAGGAGGAAGAAAUGAUGAAGUGUUUGAGGAAUGUUAAAGUCGAGGAGUUGGGGAAUAUACUGGAUCGUUAUUACAAUGUAUUGAAUAAGUCAUGCUGCCUCUUUAAACCGACCAUCGAGGAGGAAUCAAACGACGCUAUCGUGACGAUGCAUCCCUUAACAGCGAUAAAAAACCGCUUAUUCAGAGAUAUACCAUUUAUUAUGGGAGUGGUUCAGAAAGAAGGACUCGUGAAUACGAUCGAAUACGUGACGAACACGAGCUGCCAAGAUGAGCUGAUAAAUAAUUUCGAGGAGCACGUGGCUCGAUUGACCAAGUACGAUUGGAUAAUUUCAAACUUCACGCCGUUGGCCGAGCCCAUAGAGAAAUUCUACUUCGACGGGAAUGUGUCCUCUGCGAACGUGGUUCAAAAUAUCACGAACGUUUCAAGCGACGGCUUCAUGUUAUACCCGGCGUAUCAGACGUUGAAGUACCAAUCGAAAGCGAUGAAUUCGAGCACGUAUUUUUACUUGUUCAACUACGAGGGCACGUUCAGCUACUUUUUCACCCUUGGAUACCAAACCCGUUACGGGGUGACGCAUAAUGACGACUUGAACUACUUGAUCCCCACGUUGAACGUGAAAUUAAAGGACCUAAUGUUGCACAACACCGAGGACGAUGUUACCAUGAUCAACAUAAUGAACGAAUUGUGGACCAAUUUCGCGAGCACGGGCGUACCGACGGCUUGGAAGAUAUCGUCGUGGCCCGAUUACAAGGAUUCCGGCCAGUUCCUUUUGAUCGGGGAUGGAAAAAUCCCGAGCGUGACCGUGGGCGACACGUUUUUCCAGGAACGAAUGGAAUUUUGGGACGAAUUGUACGCAAACAUAACACCGUACCUGACCUUUGCCCAAAAAGUAUCCGACGACGCUUCCAGCAACGCUUCCACCAACGAAUAUUCCAUACGAAUAUUUUUCUAUUUGACAUUAAUCUUACUUGCGAUCUGUUUAUAAACAAAAUUCAAUUUAGACAUGUAUAUACGAGGAAUAUUACAAUAUAAACUAUUCCUAACGAACAAAGAAGACGCGAGAAUUA